UGGGAGAAUUCCUGGCACUUGAGUGUGUGACCGUCCACCGUCUGCCAGCCCAUCAUGGCGAGGAUCAGCCUGCUUCUACUCCUGCUGCUGUCCCUGCCAGAGCAGCUCUCCUCACUGCCAUGGCCAGACACUGCACAGGGCACCAUGGCCGGCUUGAUCCUGACUGCGUUAGAAAAAGCCACCUUAUUUCUGGAGGACAGGCUGCCUAAAAUCAACCUGGAUGGUGCAGUGGGGUUCCAAGUGCUGGAAGUGCAACUCCGAGGAGUCCAGGAAAAAUGGGCUCACAACCCCUUGCUGCAGCCACUCAGCUUGCGUGCUGGACAGCUAGCCAACACACUGUUUGCUCUCCUCCAAAACUCCAUCUUCUACCUCAAGCAGAGUGACCCCACAUACCUAAGAGAGUUCCAGCCAAGCCUUCAGCCUGGCUUUUGGAAGUUGCCCCAUGCCUGGACACGCACCAAUGCCUCCCUGGUCUACCCCUGGCUGGAGCCCCUGGACUCUUUCUCGGAGGAAAGCAGCGAUGCAUGCCUGGUACAACUGCUAGGAACCGGGACGGACAGCAGACAGCCUUGCAGGCUCUCCGACUUCUGCAGAACCCUUAUGACCAAGGCCGGCUGCUCAGGCUACAGCCUCUCCCAUCAGCUGCUCUUCUUCCUCUGGGCCAGAAUGCGAGGGUGCACGGAGGGACUGUUCCUCCAGAGUCAGCACUACAUGGACAUCUUCUGUGCGAAUAUGAUGGACCUGAACCGGAGAGCUGAGGCCAUGGGAUACGCCUACCCCACCCAAGACCUCUUCAUGGAAAACAUUAUGUUCUGUGGUAUGGCUGGCUUCUCUGACUUCUACAAGCUGCACUGGCUGGAGGCCAUUCUCAGCUGGCAGAACCCUCGGGUGGGAUGCUUCGGGAAGCCUGACACAAAGGGUGAACCCCCUGAAGUUCCGCAUCAGCAGGGCGUUCUGAGAAGAGUGCGAAGGCGGGAAAAACUGUUCGCAGAUGGUUGUUCUUGCCACAACACAGCCACCGCAGUCGCAGCCCUGGGUGGCUUUCUCUACAUCCUGGCAGAAUACCACCCGGACAAUGGAGAGCCAACUCCACCCACACGGUCACCAGCAAGCAACUAUCAAGAUGGUGCUGCCAGCCCUGAUGCCCAGAGGGUUGGCAGGCCCCUUGGCGUCUCUUCUUAAAUGCUGGAGUCAGGGGUCACAUGCCGAGGGGGUAUUUGAGGAAAGUGACCAUGUAUAACCCAUCACCACUUCUGGGUGUUUAAAAGUCUUGAGAGAGCAGGGCCAGGAGAAGCAGGGUUAGAGGGUGGGGUGGUCCAGAUGUCAGCAGAAUACAUAAAGCACAGUCAAUUGGAGCUGA